UUCUAAUUUUUACGUUGGCCAAUCACAAGGAAGGAUCGAACAAGCUGAGAAUUAAGUUGUAGUUGUAUUUUCUGAUAUCAUUUAAUACGCGAUUUCUCUUGUGAGAAAUAGGACAUCAUCUUAAGAUUUUAAUUUUGUUUUUCUUCAUUUGUUUGUUUUAAACAAAAUAGUCAAAAUUCCACCUUCAAAGAUCGACGUGAUGACGGCGGACUCGCAGCAGCCGACACUACAUCCGAACAAGAGAAGACGGGUUUCCAUGUGUGUUGGUUGUGGCUCCCAGAUACAUGACCAAUUUAUACUGCGUGUGGCACCAGACUUGGAGUGGCAUGCAUCUUGUCUAAAAUGUGUAGACUGCAGUCAGUUUUUGGAUGAAAGCUGUACUUGUUUUGUAAGAGAUGGGAAAACAUACUGUAGGACUGAUUAUGCCCGAUUAUUUGGUGCGAAAUGUUCAAAGUGUCAAAUGACUUUCACAAGAAACGACUUUGUAAUGAGGGCGCGGGACAAUAUGUACCAUAUAGACUGUUUUCGUUGUGUCGCGUGCAGUAGACAACUUAUUCCUGGAGAUGAAUUCGCUCUUAAAGAAGAAGAACUUUUUUGUAAGGCAGAUCAUGAUGUCGUUGAGCGAGCUUCAACAAAAGAAAAUGGAGCGGAUGAUAUAAACAUUAGAAACAAUAAAAACACAACAGAAAAUUUAAAUAAUGAUAACAACAAUAAUAACAAAAAGGAAAAUGGAUUACAUCAAAAUUCAGGUAGUAGAGAUCAUAACUCUCAUUCAAAUUCGAAAAACAGUGAAUCAAGACGCAAGACAGACCAAAAGCCGACACGUGUACGAACGGUCUUGAAUGAAAAACAGCUGCAUACACUUCGCACGUGCUACAAUGCAAACCCACGACCUGACGCAUUAAUGAAAGAACAACUAGUGGAAAUGACAAAUUUAAGCCCCCGGGUUAUUAGAGUAUGGUUCCAGAAUAAGAGAUGUAAAGAUAAGAAAAGAACUAUUCUCAUGAAACAAAUGCAACAACAGCAAGACAAGAAUGGAGGACGAUUGCAUGGUCCAUUGCAAGGAGUUCCGAUGGUUGCUUCAAGUCCCGUUCGACAUGAGAGUCCAAUGCAAGUGAAUCCAGUUGAAGUGCAAAGCUACCAACCUCCAUGGCAAGCACUCAGUGAUUUUGCAAUGAAAAAUGAUAUGGAACAACCCCCGUUUCAACAACUGGUGAGCUCCUUUGUCUAUGACGUCACGCAUGACGAUGAUGAUGACGACGAUCAUGUCGUCUGCUAUGAUCAGUGUUGACCACGUGAUUUAUAAUGACAACCCAACUAGAUGAAUUCAUUUGACAAUAUGGAUUCUGACAGUACCUCUUCGUAUCACAACGAUAAUGCUGUAUACAAUGACAGUUACGUGUGGAGCCAGCCGGAUCAUGAUAACGGACAAUUUUCAGACUCGGACUACCAUGAAUCGGAAAUGUCAAGUCCAUUGAGUCAGUAAUACUAUGGAACUUUAGUGCGCGGAGGGACGAUUCUCAAUUCAGGGACAGUAAUUACACAAUCACACAAUGGACUUGUGACUUUUCCGGAAGAAGCUGUGUUUUAUUUCCGGUCUUUACAAAAUGAAGAUUUCUUUGCAGUAGACAAUUUUUUGUUGUUGUGAUUUUGUGGUAAAGUUUAUUUUAGAAAAAAACUCAAAUGUACAAAAGUUUUCUUCUUUCUUCAGUUGGUAUAAUCAUGCUUGGUUGUCUUGUGAUUUUAUUUUUUUCAUUUAGAGAUUCACUGGCGUCUAUUAAUAUAUUCAAAACAAAUCUUUAAAAUUUGAAAAAAGAGCGUUGUCAGCAUUUCUUUCUUGAAAUUUGACUACCAUGUAGUUGUUCAUUUAUUACCUGCUGGUAAACAUUUUUGUUACCUCAGCUGAUUCACAUCUCGUUUCUUAAAAACGUUCUUCAAGAUGCAUUUGAUUUCAGUUUUUGUUUCUUUCUCAGCUGAGUUGAGAUAUUUCACGUAUAUAUACAUUUCUUGAUAUAUGUUAUGUCCACACAAAAUCAAACGUUGUUAAUCAUUUUAUUUGCUCAUUUUUUGUGACUUUACACAAAUAAGUUUAGUUAUCGUAUUGGAUGGCAAAUGUAUGUUUUAUGAAAUUUUAAUUUAUUAUUACUAUUUAUUAAUAAAUCUAUCAAAAUAUCUUG